AUGAUUCAUCUCCUCUCAGUUGCCGUCGCCGCCAGCUUCGAUGGAGCAGAGCCAUUUCAAGAAGUUAUUCCCUUUCAAGAUGUGAAUUCAGCUGGGCCUCAGUUCAACCAAGUGCUGACAUUUGGUCACCCUGUACAGCUGAAGGCGAUUCGUCUUCGCAUGAAAAACCCGCAGAGUCAAUUCUUUGGCAUCAAUUUGGUGCAGCUACUGGGUGGGGGCUUUCCUAUCAUCAGAAUACAAAGCGGCAUCACCAGCCCCCAUCAAGAUCUUUGCUUGCAAAGCGAUGAGCAAGGCGAUAUCGUGCUGGAUGGCUGUCUCACUUCUGCUGCUGCAGCAGAUGAACGAGCGCUGUGGCAGUUUACAGAGAGAGUGUUGAAGGAGAACAUCGUGCAGGAGGGGGGGCAGGUGGUGGCUGGCGACUGCAACAAAGAAUUUAACUAUGAGGACGGCAGAAGUAUAUGGUAA